AGGUUGCGAGGUGCGGCGGGGACGGCAGCCGCGUCUUCCUCGGCGGCGUGUCGCAGGGCUGCUCCGCCGCCCCUGGACACCUACCUCAGGGGAGGCGCCCCGGCUGCGGCUCGGAGGCUUCGUGGGGUCCGUCGGCUUGUUCCCCGACGAGUCGCUGGGCUUCUCGGGCGCCGCCGAGGCGCUGCAGCGGCUCCUCGCCGACAGGCCGCAGGCCUCGAGGCCGGUCUGGCUCCAGUGCGCCACGGACGACUACGAGACGGUGCCCUACAAGCUGGUCGAGCGCACCCUGGAGCCGGUCCGUGGGCGCCUGGCAGGCCUGGAGGUCCGCCCGGUGUCCGGGCGCGGCCACGACGUCUGGGAC